AUGUCGCUCUGGGAGGGGAUGCUCUGUCCCCGUGCACUCCAGGGCAAGAGCUCCAGGGACAUCUUCCUCCAGGUGGUGACCCCCGACCGCAUCCCGCAGUUUACUAUCCCCUCUCUGGAUGUCCACAAGAAGCACAGGUGCUCAGGCAAGGGGCAGCUGGUGGGGACGGCUUGGAGGAGCGGCUCGGACCCAGCAGUGGAGGACGAGCAUGUCAUGGCCGGCUCUAGCUCGUCCUGCUCUAACGCCGGGCUCGCUGCCACUGCACAGGCUAUCCCAGACCCCACUGCUCAGGCAGCUCUGUCCCUGCCCCAUCUCCCCAAGGUCACCACCCCGUAUGGCUUUGUCACCCUGGGGCAGAGCCCACAGGUCACCAGUGAAGAGGCGUUGUUUUUUCACUCGGGCUUAGGUUCCCCUCGAGGUCCUGCUGCUGAGAUACGCCCCAGCGGGCAGGAGGAGCCAGGAUGCUGCAGACACCCCGGGAUGCCCAUUGCUGGGAGAGGCGGCUGCUCCUGGACGGGUGGGGGCCUGAAGGACCACAAGCAGCUGAGUCCCCGUGCCCUUGCUGACCACAAGGAUGGUGGAGGCAGCCAGGCCUACAGGACUCCAGCAGGGCUUCCUCUGCCGCGGAGAUGCGCCAGCCCACUCAGAGACAUCCGAGUAAGGGAUGUUCUGGAAAGCAAAGAGGCAGAGAAGAGAGAGAGGAGGCUCCUGGAGGUGGGCUAUCAGAGGAGCAGCUCCAGCCCGGAGCUCCGCACUAGGACACCCAGGAAGAACUUGCUCCAGAAGAUCCUCAGGAGGCACCUUGCCCACCCUCGGCAGCUCAAACCUAUGAAUUUCACUCUCCACUGA